UCCGUUUGAACGUUUCGGCGCGCAGUGUACGAAGCGAGAAGCAAACUGAAAGCAGAAUUUCACGAAAUAAACCAAAAUCUAUGAAGCACAAAAAGGACCAGAAAUAUCCAAAUACAGAUUACACAAACAAAUUCCUGCCCGGCUGGAUAAGAGAAAAGGGUAAUUUAUCAGCAGUGCAUAUAAAACCUCACCAGUUACCUCCACAGCCGUACGAAGAAUUUGAGGACGUUCUUAAAGAAUUUGAGGAAGACAUGGAAAAAGAUCGCGAAGAAUCAUUGUCCAACAGCAAUGAAGAUGAUCAAAUAGAUCUGAGUGAAAGCACGAAUCUUGUGUUUUGGUCGCUGAUACUCAAUGAUGCUAAUGAAGCAUGGAUUCUUAGAAAUCCAGGAAAUUCUUCUUUUGCAUCUCUCCUCAACAGCAAUGAAAAUGAUUCUUCUGAGAAUUGUUCCUGUUCAAAUGAAGAAAAUGGAUCUGAACCAAGCCUAUCUAUUCAUGAAAUUGAUGACGUUUUUAAAGAACCGGAUGCAGCCUCUGAAGAAGACAUGUCAAAUGCCAUCCCCGUCAUCCGUGAAUACAUUAAAGGGACAUGGAAUAAUAAACUGCAGAGGGCAUUGUGGAUCACUUGUAAAGAAUAUAGAUCUGCAAUGUUCCCAAAGCUGAGCUAUUUGGUGACACCAAAACUGAAAGAAGAGAAUAUUUACAUAUUGAAAAAUUUAUGUAUAUACUCUUCCAAUUAUUAUCUUGCAAAUAAAUCUAAUUAUGUUAAAUACUUUACUUCAGGUGAUAUGGUG